AUGGCAGCUUUCAAGAGACUCGUGCGCUUCACUACCGGCGCUCAAACUCAUUAUGGAGACCUUGUCAGUGUUGCUGGGAACAAGUAUACGGUUCGGAAAUUGGAGGGUAGUCCUUUCACUAGUCUGAGGGCUACCGAGGAGAUUGUUAAUGUUGAGAAGCUCGAAUGCCCGAUUGAAAGUACGCCUAUCGUGGUCUGCAUCGGACUGAACUAUAGACAUCAUGCCCAUGAGGCUAAUCUUCCUGUACCAACAUACCCUCCCGUCUUCACCAAGCCCGCCGAUGCUCUAGCCGGACCCUUCGAUGCGAUCGACAUUCACCCCGAUGCCCGAGAACUCCUCGAUUACGAAGGCGAACUCACCGUUGUGAUCGGCAAAGACGCAAAGAAUGUCUCCGAAGCAGAUGCCCUAGACUACGUGUUAGGUUAUACCGCCGGCAACGACGUCUCUGCUCGCAAUUUCCAGAUCCCCGAAGCAUCUGGCGGCCAAUUCUGCUAUGCCAAGUCAUUUGAUAAAUUUGCGCCCAUUGGGCAUACCAUCGUUGCAGCACAGGAGAUCCCCGAUCCUCAGACCCUGAAAUUGACCACCAAGGUCAAUGGGGUUAUCAAGCAGGAGACGAGCACGGCCGAUAUGAUUUGGGGUGUUCGACAGAUCAUUAGCCACCUUUCUCGGGGUACGACGCUGCGGAAGGGCACGGUUAUCAUGACUGGUACCCCGUCUGGAGUGGGAUACUUCCGUAAGGAGUUCCUUCAGAAUGAAGACGUGGUCGAGGUGGAGAUUGAGGGGGUGGCUGUGACUAGAAACCGCAUGAACCAUGCCUGA